CACUUUGCUCAGCCUCUUGCCGGCUCCGCAUACCCUUUAUGCUACCCUGCCUCCGAAAACUCUCAGAGCCGCAGAGGCUGUGGGGAAUCAUUUCAUCCGAGGGAAACUGAAAUGAAAUCAUCAGGGGACACUGAUAGUGGAGCCAGGAAGCCUGUUAUAGGCCUCAUAAAUAAAAGCCGGUAGAGGCUGCAGGCACUGUAAGGCUUUAUAGGCCCAUAAAGCACCCCAGGCUGCCACUGAGGCUGGAGGGGAGGGGUGGGAAAUCUAAUUUCACAGGAUUUAAAGCAGGAAUACCUGCUGGUCACUUUUGCUGCAGCCUCUUGUACAGCAAAGGAAAUUAAGUGGCAAAGAAAAUGUCUCCCGGGUGAAAGAUUGCAAGGUUCCCUAAACAAAGCCUAUUAUUACCUUCUCUUCCAUCUCAGCUUUCCUGGGACUACUCCUGUCUGUGCCAGCAAAGGGGUGGACAAGGGUGCAGCUGAAGCGCUCGGCGAUCCUCAAGAUGGCCCUCAGCGGAUCCUCGGACCCGCUGCUCCAGCAGCAGCACCUGGAAGGGGAGGACGGCGGCGGCAAGCAGCCUCCGUUCGUAAUCCGGGCGCUGCGCAUCGCCACGGUGGUCUCCCUCUACUGGUUCAUCUCCAUCACCAUGGUGUUCCUCAACAAGUACCUGUUGGGCAGCCCUUCGCUGCGCUUCGAAGCGCCGCUCUUCGUCACCUUCUACCAGUGCCUUGUCACCGUCCUCAUCUGCAAGGUCCUGAGCCUCGUGGCCUCCUGCUGCCCGGCCGGCGUCGUGGACUUCCCCUCCAUCCGCAUGGACCUCAAGGUGUCCCGCAGCGUCCUGCCCCUCUCCGUGGUCUUCAUCGGCAUGAUCACCUUCAACAACCUGUGCCUCAAGUUCGUCGGCGUGGCCUUCUACAACGUGGGGCGCUCCCUCACCACCGUCUUCAAUGUGCUGCUCUCUUACCUGCUCCUGAAGCAGACCACUUCUCUGUACGCCCUGCUGGCCUGCGGGGUCAUCAUAGGCGGCUUCUGGCUCGGUAUAGACCAGGAGGGAACUGAAGGCACGUUGUCCUGGGCUGGCAUAGUUUUCGGAAUCCUGGCCAGCCUCUGCGUCUCACUCAAUGCGAUCUACACUAAAAAAGUGCUGCCUGCUGUGGAUAGCAGCAUCUGGCGCCUGACGUUCUAUAACAACAUCAAUGCCUGUAUCUUGUUCCUGCCGCUCAUGUUGUUCUCUGGUGAGUUCCAUACACUCUACUACUUUGAUAAAUUGGGGAGCCUCAACUUCUGGGGCAUGAUGACUCUGAGCGGGGUGUUUGGCUUCGCCAUCGGCUAUGUGACAGGACUUCAGAUCAAAUUUACCAGCCCGCUCACUCACAACGUCUCCGGGACCGCGAAAGCAUGUGCUCAGACCGUGCUAGCCGUCGGCUAUUACGAAGAAACCAAGAGCUUCCUAUGGUGGACUAGUAACAUGAUGGUUCUCGGGGGCUCCUUUGCUUACACUUGGGUGAAAGGGCUGGAGAUGAAGAAGGUGCAGGAGGAACCUAUCCCCAAAGCAAAUGAGAAAAAUGAGACUGGUGUCUAAACUUGCCCCAGGCUGGACCUUCACUGUCUGCACUUGCAGCCUGCGUGCAUAGAUGCAGUGGAGCCUGGCUGAGAAGAGAGCCAGGGCUUGGAGUCCGCAAGGCUGGGAAAUCCUGUGGCUGCAAAUAUGCGAGCCAGAUUCCUCCACAGAUACAGUUUGCUGUGGUAAUCGUGGUCAAGGGGGUAUUUUCACAAUUGGUUUUCUGUCACGGAGGUGACGAGGGUUGGUGGUGGGGCUGGGGAGCUCAGAUAAGGGACUUGUGGUCAGUCAAGUCGCUCCUGAAAAAAUGGCUGCUAUCACUACCAGCUACUUGCCUUUGUGCCCCUUGCUUUUCCCUUGGUAAAAGGAAGGUGUGUGUGUUCUGUUAAAGGACCAAUGGAAGGAGACUUGAAAGAAAUAAGAGUAGAGGGAUUCUGCCUAUGUUUGUCCCAAGGGGAGUGGGCUUUCUGUGAAGGUGCAUCUCUACAUUGUCUUCCCACACACUGCAAUCUGGUGUGCUUGCUGAAGGACUAACCUCUUGGACAUUAACCCCUUUUGCCCCCGUGGGGCAAAUCUGUACCAAGAAAUAUGAGGGCACCGCCUUCCAACGGUGAGUGGAAAUACCCCCAGGGACACCAAAGAAUAUGCAUUUGGGUUUAGUGAGGGUUGUGGAGGAUUUCGAACAGCGCCAUUUGUUCAUCAAGUUCAUUUCUAAGUGGAGUGUCAUUGGGCCUCAGGGCUGACUCACAAGAAAAGGAGUUGGGCCUGAGGAGUUUUGAAAGGUGGUGGUCUGGCCUUCCCAAAAUUCCUUGAGAAAUUCCAGCUCUUAACUGAGUAGCGGUCAUGCUAGGCCUGACUCUUCUCCCCAGGAUCACUGAUAAAAGAAAGUAUGUCAGUGGCCGGCCUGACCUGCAUUUAAUGGGCACUCAAGAAAGUAAAAUGGCAGCAUGCCCACUGCUCUUCAGAGAGAUAGGAUUUAAUGAUACGUAUGCACUCCUUUACUGAGUGACCCUCCCAUGGGCUCUAAGAGCCCACGUCUCAUUGGAAUGUUUCACACAUUUGCCUUGUUGCCUUUUUCUCAUGUCUGUGCCCCUCCCCCCCCAUCUUCUAUGAUUUUGUAUUGGGAAACGAAUCUUCCACUGUGGAACUUUGAUUGUUACAUUUAUUUAAUAAAAGUAUGGUUCACCAUUAUUA